CGUUUCACUCAUCUCUGUGCUGUCUUCUCUCACACAAAGCAGCUGAUCUCCAGAAAACCAAUGUUGGUGCCGCCAUUGCUGUGAGAAAAAGGUGGGCUGAGAAUAGGCAGAAGAAACGAUGCUGUCAGCGGCGUUCGAUUUGAAAUCUGGCCAGCUCAUAUUGGUGGCUUUGCUUCUCAUGAUCGGCGCCUUCUACUCCGGCACUUUCUUCGGCAACACUUCCCCCAUCUACGUUCCUCAAUCCACCUCCAAUUCUUCUUUUUAUUCUUCCUCUUCCCCUUCUUCAUCUGGGUCUUCGAGAUUUACCAACAGGGUUGCUCUUACUUAUAGGAAAACGCCGCUUUUGAUAUCGGAAUUUGGGGUGGAUGUAUGUCCAUUGGAGUUCAAUGAGUAUAUACCUUGCCAUGAUGUGUCUUACGUUAAUACGUUGCGUUCAAGUUUGGAUCUUUCCAGGAGGGAAGAGCUGGAGAGGCACUGCCCUCCGCUUGAGAAGCGAUUAUUUUGCUUGGUACCUCCGCCCCAGGAUUAUAAGAUACCCAUAAGAUGGCCGAGCAGCAGAGACUAUGUGUGGCGGAGUAAUGUGAAUCAUACGCAUCUUGCGGAGGUUAAAGGAGGGCAGAAUUGGGUUCAUGAGAUGAAUCAGCUCUGGUGGUUCCCUGGUGGCGGUACUCAUUUCAAGCAUGGAGCUCCUGAGUAUAUUCAGAGGUUAGGAAAUAUGACAACUAAUGAAACCGGUGAUCUACGAUCCGCAGGGGUAUUUCAAGUUCUAGAUGUUGGUUGUGGAGUUGCCAGCUUCUCAGCUUAUCUACUUCCCCUUGACAUACAAACAAUGUCUUUUGCUCCCAAAGAUGGUCAUGAGAAUCAAAUUCAAUUUGCUUUAGAGCGAGGAAUUGGUGCAAUGAUUUCGGCUAUAUCCACCAAACAGCUACCAUAUCCCUCUAAUUCUUUUGAAAUGGUUCACUGUUCCAGGUGUCGUGUUGAUUGGCAUGAGAAUGAUGGUAUUUUACUUAAAGAACUUGAUCGCCUUCUGCGAUAUAAUGGAUAUUUUGUCUAUUCGGCUCCACCAGCUUACAGAAAGGAUAAAGAUUUCCCAAUUAUAUGGGACAAGUUGGUGAAUCUGACUUCAGCAAUGUGCUGGAAACUCAUAGCUCGGAAAGUUCAGACAGCAAUAUGGAUUAAACAAGAAAAUCAGCCAUGCUUGUUGCACAAUGCGGAGCAGAAUCUGUUUGAUGUAUGUGAUCCUGAUUAUGAUUCUGGGACAUCAUGGAACAAACCACUCAGGAACUGUAUAAUACUAGGCACUUCAAGAUCGGAUUCUCAGAAACUCCCUCCCAGACCAGAACGUCUUUCAGUAUAUUGGGGCGGUCUUAAUGCCAUAGGUAUCGAUCAAGAGAGAUUUAUUUCGGAUACCAUCUUUUGGCAAGAUCAAGUUAGCCAUUACUACAGGUUGAUGAAUGUUAAUAAAACUGAUAUACGAAAUGUCAUGGACAUGAAUGCCUUGAUUGGGGGAUUCGCUGUGGCUAUGAAUACAUUUCCUGUUUGGGUGAUGAAUGUUGUUCCUGCAAGCAUGAACAAUUCCUUGUCUGCUAUUUAUGAUCGGGGUCUUAUUGGUGCUUUUCAUGACUGGUGCGAACCAUUCUCUACAUAUCCACGCACAUAUGAUUUGUUACAUGCCAACCAUCUCUUCUCUCACUAUCAAAACCAUGGAGAAGGUUGUUUACUUGAAGAUAUUAUGCUGGAGAUGGACCGCAUUCUGCGACCCCAGGGAUUUAUCAUCAUUAGAGACAAUGAACAAAUCACAUCGAGAAUCAGAGAUAUUGCUCCCAAGUUUCUAUGGGAGGUUGAAUCACAUUUGCUGGAAAAUGAACAGAAAAAGAUGGAUUCUGUGCUAGUCGCUAAAAAGAAGUUUUGGGCAAUAGUAUGAGGCAUACUAGGUAGGGUAGUGAGCUUACCGGAGUACAUAUUUUGUUCCAACCAACCGAGAGGCUGCUUGUAUCUCGAGGCUGGUGGAUAUCUGUUUAUUUUCGUGGUGUAUCUGCAUAGAUGCUUAUUGACCUUGUGCAAUGAGACAAGGUUGCAAGUCUUCCUAAUUAUUCAUUUCUCUGGGAUCAAUUUAUUUGUACAUGUUUUAGAGAGAAUUUUCUUACACUAAGGCACUCGUCUUAUAUGUUGUAAACAGAGAGUGUUAAUACUUUGUUUCUAAUAUUUCCAACAAAAAUUUUAAAAUUCCAA